AUUAACUUUCUUAAAUAAGAAAAUAUUUCACAAGAUUUUUAAUCUUAAGAAUGUUUCAUGAUUCCAACCACACAGGAUGAGUUGCCUGUUUUCACUUUCGGUAUAGUCUGGUUCUGUACUGAUCAUGAUGUUAAAAACAACCGGAGGAGCCUGAAACACUAGAGUACAUUUCAGAGUUAAUUUACAAACUGCUGCAGCAACACAUACGGAAACGUAAGAGGGCUUUUACCUUCAUCUGCCUGUGACCGUUACAUGCUUUUAUAAUAGAGACAUGGCUUGUAGUGCGCGAAUGUCAUCUCCGGUGUGUUUUAUUGAAAAUGAUUUAAAUGGAAAGCUGUGUGUGAGGAAAGAGGCCAAAGACAUUCUGGAUGAGAUCAAGGAGCCGGUGGUGGUGGUGUCCGUGGUGGGACUCUACCGUACGGGGAAGUCAUACAUUAUGAACCGCCUAGCGGGACAACAGUCAGGCUUUGCUCUGGGCAGCACUAUCGAAUCCAAGACCAAAGGCAUCUGGAUGUGGUGUGUCCCUCACCCCUUUAAAAAAGGACACACUCUGGUGCUGCUGGACACCGAGGGACUUGGUGACGUGCAGAAGGGGGAUGAGAAACAUGACACAUGGAUCUUCUGUCUGGCUGUUCUGCUCAGCAGUACUCUGGUGUACAACAGCUUAGGGGUCAUUGACAACAUGGCACUGGAAAAGCUGCACUAUGUGACAGAGCUGACAGAGAACAUUCGUGUGAAGGCACAGGCAAGUCGAGACGAGGAUGAGUCAGCAGAAUUCAUGCAUGUUUUCCCAUCGUUUGUCUGGGCUGUUCGGGACUUCACACUGGAACUGAAAAUGGGGAAUGAACUAAUAACAUCAGACGAGUAUCUGGAGAGUGCACUGAAGCUCAAAGCAGGUAGCUCACCUCAGAUUGAGCGGUUCAAUCUUCCCCGACGCUGUCUUCGUCAUUUCUUUGCUUUGAGGAAGUGCUUUGUGUUCCCUCGGCCUGCUAGUACACAAGGCAUGAGAAAAAUGGAGGAGCUGACCGAGGCGGAACUGGAGCCAGAAUUCGUGCAGCAGGCCAACACUUUCUGCAGUUACAUAUAUGGCAGUGCAGAACCAAAAACCAUCAGAGGAGGCCGCACAGUUACCGGAACCGCUCUAGGUAAUCUUGCUGAGGUGUACGUAGAGGCGAUCCGCAGUGGGAAGGUACCCUGUCUGGAGAAUGCGGUCAUGUCUUUGGCCAAGAUCCAGAAUGUCCGAGCAGUGGAUGAGGCCCUGCAGCUUUACAUUGCAGAGAUGUUCAAUUUGACUAAGCUUCCAAUGGACCCUCCUAAGUUGUCCAACUUCCACAAAAUUGCAGAGAACAAGGCCAUUGAAGUUUUCAUCACCAUGUCUUUCAAUGACAAUGAACAGAUUCAUCAGAAAGAGCUCAUGGGAAAGAUUCAUGAAGAAUAUCAAGGAAUGUGCCAACAGAAUCUGGACGAGUCUGUGAGACAAUGUGAGGCAGAUCUGCAUCAUGUGUUUGAUACACUGGAAAAAGGCAUUUCUGAUGGAUUAUUCAUGAAGCCUGGAGGAUACAAUGAGUACAGAGACACAAUUACACAUCUGGCCAAUAAGUACAGAGAAAAAACUCGGACACAAAUCAUGAGUGAGGAAGUGUUGAGUAUGUAUUUUAAAGCAAAGGAAGAGAUUGGAAAUAUGAUUCUUCAAGCUGACAAAACUCUGAGUGUGGUGGAACAGAAACAAGAGGUGCAGAGGUUAAAGAAUGAGGUUCUAGAGCAGCGACAAAGGGGUCUAAUGGAACAGAACCGUUUACAGAGGCAAGCAUUUGACGACAUGCAGAGAACCCAUGAUGAGCAUGUUAAUCAGAUCAUUCAUCAGAUGGAAAGAGAGCAUGAGAGAAUGAGAAGAGACAAUGAACGCGUUCUUGAUGCAAAACUGAAAGAAAUGGAAGCUCUUCAGCAGCAGGGCUUCCAGCGGGAGGCUGAUCGGAUGCAGAGGGAGAUUGAUAGCCUGAAAGCAGACAUUAGUAAAGGCAAGGAGUCCGAACCAUCCAUAGUCCGCAAUGUUUUGGAUGGAUUGGGUUCUGCUGCAACUAUGGUUUUGCCGGGCUUCAUCCCUAAAGCAAUUGGCGUUGGCCUGUCUUUUCUCUCAAAGCUUUUUUGAAAAUGUGUGUACAUUAAUCAUACACUCAGCCUAUUAUACAUACCAUUUUCACAGCUUUAAUGUGUUAUGUCAUCUAAUAGUAAAAUUGUCAUUGCUGGAACUAGUGAAUUAGUCAUGUGUUAUUAAUCCAGAAAUUGUGCUUCUCUAACAGAUACAAUUCACUUGUAACUAAAACUAAAAUUUUUAAUAUUUAUUAUUUAACUUAUUGUUUUUCCCUUGAACUGACACAAACAUUACAAUCUGUGAAUCAUAAUUUAAACUUCAUUGGUGACAUCAGAAAACCAAGAAAAGCUAUUUGUGACCACUGUUUUCUUUUAUGCCCUAGAGGAGAGGUUUUAAAUAAAUUACACCCCCUAAUACACUUACACCCCCAAAGGGGUAAGACACGUCAGACCUUUGUGUGU